UUCGUAUCGUAGUGUCUCGUAGUAGCUCUCGUAGUAGUGUCUCGAGGUGGCCUUGACAUCAUGGCGUAUGGACGUGUAUUUGACAACUCCGUUAUUAUUGAAGAUCAUUUUAGUUUUAAUCAAGAAAUUGAUGAACAUAGUAUGGUGACAUCAACACCUGCUAAACAAUCAAAUCUUAUCGAAAUAAAUGACGAAUUGGUUUGGAAUGGUUCGUAUGAGAAUCUGAAAUUGUUUAUACAAUCCGACUUGGGAAUCGAAGGGCAGUGGAAAUCUACCGGCGGAGAAGUAAAGAAAUUCACAAGUAAAAACUAUGUAUUGAAGUGGCAUAGUAAAACGAAGCAAAAGCUUGUGGUAUUUCAAGACGACGAGAAUCAAAGCCUUCGACAAAAACUUGUAAAAUUCGCUUCGUUAAAUAAAGCCAAGAACCGUGACGAAGAUUAUCAUGACGAACAUCUAUCGUGUAGCAAAGCCGAAGAAAACUCAAACCCGGUCAAAAUCACUCAAAAUCCAUCGACCAAUGUCAACGAGCAUGAACGCAAAAACUUAAAUAAUGCGGACAAUUUUUCAAUCGAAACGCCUCAUGCUAAAAGUGGACAUAAAUUCGACAAUUCUCAGUGUUAUUGCUGUGACCUAGCGCUACAACUCAAGCGUAUCGAAAGUGAUAUAUUACAACUUAAAAAUCGAGCAGACGAAGAUACACAAGUAUGUAAAAUUAGCGCGUGUGAAAACGAAAAGGUUCACCUGAGAAACAAUUUGGAAAAAGCUAACAGUAUAAUAAAAGACCUUAACACCAAAAUUAUUAAUUUAGAGCAAGAGAAAACCGAUCUAGUCACCGCUCUGACGCUUCAACAAAACGAUUAUCAAGCUUGCCUGAAUAAUUUAAAUCAAAAGAAUACUAAUUCAGCUGAAAUGUCUAACAACUUUCAAGUUGUACAGAAGGACAAAAACUGUAACAGAAAGCAGCAAGCAAGUGAAAUCUCAUCAACUUCCCACACGCUCAAUGUAGAUAAUCGAUUUCAAACCUUAAGCGAUAUAUCGGACAACGAGACGCAAACAGAGAUUAGGGCUGGCAAUUAUCCCAAGGGUAACGAAAUAAAUCCUACAAAUGACCAAGAAGAAUCUACCAAUGUGCGCCAAAAGAAGGGAAAGAGUCCUGAAACACACGUAAUUGGAUCGGAUAUCUUAAUUAUAGGAGACUCGAUAAUUAAAAAUAUCCAACCUAGAAAGCUUUCAAAGAAGAAGGUGCAUAAGUUUACUUAUCCAGGAAAAACUGCAGAUCAGAUUGAAAUGGAGAUCAACUUUGAUAAAUUAAAAGCAAUCCCGUCCCAUGUAAUUUUGCAUGCUGGGACAAAUAAUCUCCCUUUGGAAUCCGCUGCCGAAUGCUCUCAAAAGAUUGAAAAGCUUGCCACAAAAGUAAAAUCGCAAUUUCCCUAUUCGAAAAUUGGUUUAUCAGGUCUAACAGUGCGACACGACCUCGCUUUGUCCAGAAAGAUUGACGAAGUCAACAAGGAACUUGAGCUCAUUUGUACGAAACUAGAUAUCUCAUUCAUUGAUAACUCAACCAUUGAUGACACAUGCCUAAAUGGAAGCAAACUUCAUCUAAAUGCGAAAGGCUCGGCCAUUUUAGCCGUUCAUCUUAUCAAUUUUCUUAGGGGAAGCAGUGGACCAGCUUCAUCCCAGAAACAACUUUAUCAGGAUUUUCAGAGUUCCACGAUUCAGAAACUUGGAGAAUUGUUGAAAAUAAUCGUACAACCACAGAAGGACAUCCGCAGAAGGAAACGUUAA